AUGUCUGGUGAUGACAGGCGGCGGAAGGAACCGGAGGCCUACACUUCGGUUGUUGAGGGUUUAAAACGACUUUAUAAAACUAAACUUUACCCUCUCGAGGAACAUUACAAAUUCCAUGAUUUCCACUCCCCAAUGCUCGAUGACCCUGACUUUGAUGCCCGUCCUAUGAUUUUACUGAUCGGCCAAUAUUCCACGGGGAAAACUACAUUUAUUCGUUAUCUACUCGAGCAAGAUUUUCCCGGUAUCCGGAUCGGACCCGAACCUACAACUGACCGGUUUAUAGCUGUUAUGAUUGGUGAUAAUGAAGGCAUCAUACCGGGAAAUGCCCUCGUGGUCGACACUAAAAAGCAGUUCCGACCCCUUUCCAAGUUUGGAAAUGCUUUUCUCAACAGAUUCCAAUGUUCCAUGUUAAAGAAUCCUGUUUUGGAUAGCAUCAGUAUUAUAGACACGCCCGGGAUCCUAUCUGGUGAGAAACAGCGUAUAGAUCGUGGCUAUGACUUUGCCGGUGUCUUGGAAUGGUUUGCUGAGCGAGUGGACCGUAUUAUACUGCUGUUUGAUGCUCACAAGUUAGACAUAUCCGAUGAGUUUCGACGUGCAAUUGAGGCCAUCAAGGGAUACGAUGAUAAAAUCCGUAUUGUGCUCAACAAAGCUGACAUGGUUGACCACCAGCAGUUGAUGCGGGUAUAUGGGGCGCUGAUGUGGUCGUUGGGCAAAGUGCUCAACACCCCAGAAGUGGCCCGCGUCUACAUUGGCUCAUUCUGGGACCAGCCAUUGCAAUUUGACAUGAACAGGAAAUUAUUUGAGCUUGAGGAGAAAGAUUUAUUUAGAGAUCUUCAAAGUCUACCCCGAAAUGCAGCACUUCGAAAACUCAAUGAUUUGAUCAAAAGAGCCCGACUAGCAAAGGUGCACGCCUACAUUAUCAGCCAGCUCAAAAAAGAAAUGCCCUCCGUGUUUGGUAAGGACACCAAAAAGAAGGAACUAAUCCACCGAUUAGGAUCAAUCUAUGAACAGCUGCAGAGAGAACACCAAAUCUCCCCCGGAGACUUUCCAAACCUGAAGCGCAUGCAAGAGCAGCUCCAGCAUCAUGAUUUCAACAAGUUUCACCCACUCAAACCAAAACUCUUGGAGGUUGUUGACCAGAUGUUGGCUGAAGACAUUGCCAAGCUUAUGCAAAUCAUACCACUUGAGGAUUCAGUUGGAUCAUCCGAAGAGCUUGACAGCAGUGCUAACACCGUGAAAGGUGGAGCCUUUGAAGGUUACAAUGACAGUCCAUUUGGCUAUGGACGUGGUGAAGGUGUUGAUCAGGGCCGGGGUGAAACAGAAUGGAUUGUUGCCCGGGAGCGCUAUGACUAUGAUGACAUCUUUGACACAUUAAAUCCAAUAGAUGGUAAGAUCACUGGAAGCAGUGCUAAGAAAGAAAUGGUCAAGUCAAAGCUGCCAAAUUCAGUUUUGGGGAAGAUUUGGAAGCUGGCCGAUGUUGAUAAGGAUGGCAUGCUAGAUUCGGAUGAAUGGGCGUUGGCUAACCAUCUCAUUAAAAUAAAACUGGAAGGACAUGACUUGCCCACAGAAUUACCAGACCAUCUUGUGCCCCCAUCAAAACGAUAG